AUGGCAAAAGCGAAUAUUUCUGGACUUCAGGAUCAGUUAAGCUGUCCAGUCUGUCUGGAUGUACUCAGAGAUCCAGUAACUCUUCUCUGUGGACACAGUUUCUGUAUGGUCUGCAUUAAUGGCUGCUGGGAUCAGGAGGAUCAGCAGGGAGUCUAUAGCUGUCCUCAGUGUAGACAAACCUUCACUCCAAGACCUGCUGUGAGUAAAAACACCAUGCUGGCUGAAGUAGUGGAGACGCUGAAGAAGACAGGACUCCAAGCUACACGUCCUGCUCAGUCUACAGCUGGACCUGAAGAUGUGGAGUGUGAUUUUUGUACUGAGAAUAAAUCCAAAGCCAUCAAGUCCUGCCUGGUGUGUCUGGCCUCUUUCUGUGAAACUCAUCUCCAGCCUCACUUUAAAUCUCCUGCCUUUAAGAAGCACAAGCUGGUGGAAGACUCCAGACGACUCCAGGAGCAGAUCUGCUCUCAGCAUGACAAACUGCUGGAGGUUUACUGUCGCACUGACCAGCAGUGUAUCUGCACUUUGUGUAUGUUAGAUGAACAUAAAGGACAUGAUACAGUAUCAGCUGCAGCAGCACGAGCUGAGAAACAGAAACAGCUGUUGGAGGUGCAGGGAACAUUCCAGCAGAAAAUCCAGGAGAGAGAGCAGGAGCUUCUGGAGCUAACCAAAGCUAUGGAGUCCCACAAGCACUCUGCUCAGACAGCAGUUCAGGAAACUGAGAGGAUCUUCUCUGAUGUGAUCAUAUCUAUUAAGACAAGAUGCUCUGAGGUGACACAUCAGAUCAGAGCUCAGGAGAAAGCUGCAGUGAGUCGAGCUGAAGAAAUCAUAAAAAAAUUAGAGCAGGACAUUGCAGAGCUGAAGAGAAGAGCUGCUGAGAUGGAGGAGCUUUCACAUGCAGAAGAUCCCAUCCAUUUCCUCCAGCGUUUUUUGCCUGCUGUGACUCCUCAUGUAUCCUCAGAUCUACCAGUCAUCACCAUCAGUUCUUUACUCUCAUUUAAAGAUGUAGUAAAUUCUUUGACUGAGUUAAAAGUGAAGCUGGAAGCAUGCUCUAAUGAACAGCUUAAGAAGAUAACAAGUGAAGUGAAGAAAAUCGUGAUCCUGCUAAGCAGAGAGGACUUUCUACAAUAUUCCUGUCAGCUCACACUGGACCCCAACACAGCAAAUCAAUGGCUCCAACUGUCUGAUUCAAACAGAAUGGCAAGUGACAGAAGCAAAUUAUUUUCUUUAUUGUUUUAUAAAUCUAUGCAUGGACCUCAAGAGACACAUAAAGGUCUAGAGAGCUUUGAAUGUUUCUCCCAGGUGUUGUGUAGUGAGAGUGUGUCUGGACGCUGUUACUGGGAGGUGAAGUGCAGCGGGAAUAGACAGGUUAAUAUAGCAGUGUCAUAUAAAAACAUCAGCAGGAAGGGAUAUGGUAAUGAAUGUCAGUUUGGACGUAAUGAUAAGUCCUGGAGUUUGCUGUGCCAGUCAUCUGGUUACUCUUUCUUACACGACAACCAAGAAACUAAAAUCCCCAUAAACUCCACACCCUCUACAAUAGGAGUGUAUGUGGAUCACAAGGCAGGAACUUUGUCUUUCUACAGCGUCUCUGACACGAUGAAGCUCCUCCACAGAGUUCACACCACAUUCACUCAGCCUCUUUACCCUGGUUUCGGGCUAAAUAACAAUUCAAGAGUAAAACUGUGCCACCGAAAAUAGAUCAUUUUGGAUUAGUUUAGCACUGUAUGAUUGAUAUAACGAUCAAGCCAUGCUAUCUUUAAAAAUGGCAAGACAUUAAAAAAGCUGUCUUUUUGUUUAAAAUCUAUAUUCUCAAUUUGAUUAAAAAAAAUUACCGAGUGGAAAACUAAAUAAAAACAAUCAUAAAAUUUCAUGCUCACUAUCAUUGAAAAUUAAUUGUAUUAAAUUAGAAUUAAAAAGUAUAGUCGACUGUUUAUACCUAGCACUGUAUUGACUUUGUUUUUGCCUUGCUUGACAUAUAUACAGUAUAUAUAUCAGAAAGUAAUGCUGCCAGGCAAAAUGCUCUCUAAAGUCCACUAGUAAAAAUUUGUGAGAGUUUUUUCAGCAUACAGAGAUAGUACAGGUGUUAUGCCUUCUUCACUAGAGUCUCAAUAUCAUGUGGCCUCCUCAAAUCUUCAGAGCAUUC